UGCUCAUCUUCCCCCUCCACCACUAAAUCUCGACCACUAUCCCCGUCUGUACCGCAGAUUGGCUCUAUCCCUUUCUCAUCUUCACCGCCCCACACGAGACGACUUCCUGAAAGUAGCCAAUGGGUUUGGCAACGUCUACGGAUCCGCUUCAAGUGGUUUACAAUAUGUUCUUUUCGGAGAUUUAAUCCAGAUGAUAUCUCCGUUUUCAAAACAUGGUUCCUAAUGAGCCAACCUCUGGAUAUUGGUCAGAACAUAUUGCAGAAUAUUUAGCACGUGCCAUAAUCAUCUACCUCACCAGUGAGACUGGCGUCACAGUCAUCUUUGAAUCUCUAUCGUUCCUAAAUGGAAGGACUCUCGCAUCUCCUUCAAAAAUGACAUUGGAAGGUGGUCCCUUGUCGUGGAUAAUGUCUGGCAAAGUUGAUGCAGUACUAGAUAUAAAAUUCCCUAGGGACGCAGAAGACGAAUUUGCGUUGAAUGCCAUUCUCGGUGAGCUUGCGUAUGCCAUCAUCACGGCGGCUACUGCCUCUCUGCCUGUUGAGAAAAUGCCGGGGCAGCGAGAGCUCGCACAACCACUUCUUACUGCACCUACGACCGAUAACGAGAGCGAAGCCAAUGAGGACUGUGAGUAUCUUUCUGGAGUCUUCGCAAUUCCGCUCAAACUAACAUAA